CUGAUCCCAAGAGCUGAACUCGGCAGACACUCUGACAGCUCUUGGAGCAGCUGCCUGAUCCUUCUCAUAGCCGGCCUCCUUGCCCCAUCAGCUCUCCCUUCUGCGGCUCCCCCAAAAUGGCAAGGAACCACCAAGUACAGAAAGCUAAGCUGGCCGAACAGGCUGAGCGUUAUGAGGACAUGGCUGAGUUCAUGAAAACGGUGGUGGAGGAUGGAGCUGAGCUCUCCAACGAGGAACGCAACCUCCUUUCCGUUGCCUACAAGAAUGUGGUCGGCUGCCAAAGGUCUGCUUGGAGGGUCAUAUCCAGCAUCGAGCACAAGACCGAAGGAGGGGAUGACAAAGCACAGCUGGUCAAUGAAUACCGGGAGAAGAUUGAAAAUGAACUGAAGUGCGUCUGCAAUGUUGUGUUAAGUCUCCUGGACAAGCAUCUCAUAAAGAAAGCGAGUGACCCAGAAAGCAAAGUGUUCUACCUGAAGAUGAAAGGCGACUAUUUCCGCUAUCUGGCUGAGGUUGCUACCGGGGACGACCGCAAGCAGAUAAUUGACAAUGCCCGGAAAGCAUACCAAGAGGCCAUGGACAUCAGCAAGAAGGAGAUGCAGCCCACCAACCCCAUCCGCCUGGGUCUCGCCCUCAAUUUCUCAGUUUUCCAUUAUGAGAUCGCCAACGCCCCAGAAGAGGCCAUCAAGCUGGCAAAGACCACCUUCGACGAGGCCAUGGGGGAUCUCCACACGCUCAGCGAAGACUCCUACAAAGACAGCACCCUCAUCAUGCAGCUUCUCAGAGACAACCUCACGUUAUGGACAGCAGAAUGCGCGGGAGAAGAAGGGGGAGAAGCUGGUGAAGAACCCAGAAACUGAACUUUGCAAACCACUGAAUAACUCCCCGUAACUCCUCGUCCACCCUUCUCUCUUUUUCUUUUCCAAACUCAUUCUAUUUUUAAUAAGGAGGCAGCUCCAACUCCUGGAAGCUCCAGCUGGAUUUCAGCAACACAAGGGAACUGAUUAAUUUGCAUGGGAUUCAAGUGCUUACCUUACCCCUCCUUGUGUGGCAGCUUUGGGGGGGGGGCAUCACUGUCCCUUGCUCUUCCUGGUAUGUGACCUCUACUGCAAUUGAACACUUCUAGCUUAGUAUAGUUUCUUGUUUCCAGUUCAGCCCAUGCUUAGCACAAAAGUCUUAUUGACCUGUCAUGGAGGACUGCACUUUUUUUUGGAGGGGGGUGGGUGGGGAACGUAAAAUCACAGGAAAUGUAAAAGUGUUUGAAAUUGCUAAGAUCUCAAAAAAACAACAACAGCUGGGCAGAGUUAAGCUUCUUUCUUAUUCUGAAGGGGGAGUUUUCUUACUGUUGUAAGAAAAUGGGUGGUGGGCCUCGAGGGGGCUCUUCGAAAUGGGUUAACAAUAGUGAUCUCAAGAGGGCCUCUUGUUGUUCAUGGUGAUUUCCUACCGUGUUCCUCCCCAAUAAAAGUUCACUUUCA